AUGGAGACUGCUGGUUGCUCCUGCAUUGCAGGUGCACAAGCAGCAAUCACUGUGGAUUGUGGUAAAAACUCUGUGUCUGUACGAUGGACUGAAACAAACCUGCAAGUGGAUCCAUAUUCUCUACAGUUGGGUGAUUGUCCUCCGUCACAAGUUUCAGUCAAACCUGAGGGGGCAGAGGCAGUGUUUAAUGCUGAAUUUGGGGCCUGUACUAUUAGGAGGCUGGUGACAAGAGAUCAGAUUGUAUUUGCGACGGAGAUCACGUCUACUGUAUCGUCGAAAGCAUCUCCUGUUUAUUACCCAGUUGCCUGUGCUUAUAAAAGACCAAAAGACUGGGCACCUCCUUUGUAUAAUCCUCUGGUUUUUCAUACACACGGACAGGGAGAUCUGAACUUCCACAUGGCACUCAUGAGGGAUGACUUUAGCGGUUUGGCCACUUCCACGACGUUCUCGCUCGGCUCAACAAUCCCGAUCGCUGCCUCGGUCGAGCAGCAAACCCAUCAGCCUUUGAUGCUUCUCCUGGAGGAAUGUGUGGCCUCCACAACACCCGAACUGGGUCCAGAAUCUCGUAUUUACCCGCUCAUCACCAAUAAAGGGUGUCUGGUGGACAGUAAAAACACCAACUCAAGAUUUCUACCGAGGAGCCAAUUGUCUGAGAUCAGAUUAAGUCUUCAAGCAUUUAAGUUUGCCAUUGGAGAAGAUGUCUACAUUCACUGCAAGCUUGUGGCGUGGGACCCUAGAGACAUGGAUGGUGGCAAAAAAGCUUGUCAAUACGAUAAGGCCAACUCAAGAUGGACGUUACUUGAUGAUCCUUCUCAAAGUUCUUUAUGUAGCUGCUGUGACACUAACUGUCGAGGCAGGAAGAAAAGAGGAUUAAGAAGUGAAUCCUUGGCGUUAAACUCUGUGCUUGGACCGCUGGUUAUCAUUGACAACUGAGUGUCUCCUGUUCUCCAUUUAACAAGGUUGGUGCCUCCGAGCCACUGGAGAUGUAAAUCCCAAGGGUGGAGUAUGAUCUGUGCCUGUUAAAUUGUUUUGUGGGAUGA